UGCUUUGUCUUGACUUGAUGACGGUGCUGCCAAGCUUGCCACAAAAAAAUUUCCCAUACCAUCCGGAAUCGGUUAGGGACCAAAAAUGCACUACUGUCAAAUCGACGUCAAAUUACACGUCUCCGGGGUUUUUUCUCUAAUCGUUGCACGAAAUUAGUUUUAAUUAAAUUAAUUUAAAUUUACUUUCCUAUUAAACUGAUAUAUAUAAGUAAAAUGUCUACAAAAACAAGCACAAUCGAACGCAACAGUAGUGGUAACGCGAAGUCGCUAAAUCUUUCAGAGAUUUGUUCCCGGGCAUUGAAAGCGAAUUCUGAGUGGCCGGAUAAGGACGAAUUUUUGGACGUUAUCUACUGGGCUAGACAAAUCUUCGGCAUCCUUUUGGGUAUUGUAUGGGGUAUUGUGCCAUUGAAAGGAUUUUUAGGCUUAGUGCUUUUCGCUGGUAUCAGCUGCGGCAUUGUUUACAUCUACGCCAUAAAUUUCCAGGGCAUUGACGAAGAAGCCUACGGUGGUGCUUGGGAACUGGUUAAGGAAGGUUUUAUGACAUCAUUCGCUGGUUUUCUUGUGACGUGGAUAAUUUUCUACACUGGGCUGCAUUACGACGCGAUAAUGGCAGAAAAGGAAUUGUCAUAAUGCCAUCAAACAAAACAAGGAUUACUGAUUUGUUAAAACAGUAGAGUUAAAGAUAUCUAACAAUCCACUUACGAUAGUAUGCACUAAUUUUAAAUCUUCCCUAUUGAUAAUCGCCAAUAAUGCAACAAAUCCGCAAUGUGACAACAGAGACCGGUUUCCCUCCCAAAUAUAAAAAUAGUUCCUUAAAUUAAAUUGAAUAGCUUUCGCACGCUGUUGUAAUGGUUUUGACAACUAUUAGUUAAUGAAUUAGUCUAAUUACUAAGCGUAGCCUUAAUGCUACAUUAAGAUUUGUUCCAAUCAACAGACAUGUUCUGGCAUUUUCGAGUAUUUUGUUAUUGUAUGCCACCAACAAGGAAUACUAUCCAUAUGUGUUUAAACUUUUUCUAUGAAAAAAUAAACAACAUAGUUUACAUCAUGGUUUAAUUCCACCAUGGUUUACAUUGCGUUAAUUCAAAA